GUGCCUCUGCCCCUCCCACAAUGGGGAGAUUUCCCUAGUAGUUUUACCCCUGUCUCUGCGCCUCCCACAAUGGGGAGAUUUCCUGCAGUAGUUUGUGUCUCUGCCCCUCCCACAAUGGGGAGAUUUCCCUGCAGUAGUUUGUGUCUCUGCCCCUCCCACAAUGGGGAGAUUUCCCUGCAGUAGUUUGUGUCUCUGCCCCUCCCACAAUGGUAGGAUUAUCUCCAUUAGUUUGUCUCUGCCCCUCCCACAAUGGUGAGAUU